UCCAUCUCUAGACGUUCCGCGGAGACGUCAAAAACAAAUUAAACUUCUCUACAAAACAAAUGCAAUUGUUAAAUUUAACAUUAGCAUACAAAUAAUAGGCCCGAGGUCAAGACGAAGGCCAGGAAAAACACGAUAUCUGAUGUGCUCUACGAACCCAAACUUUCGAGCCCAAAAUUUCGAGGGCAGAACUCGAGGCAGCUGCAUUGUAAAAUAACGUGCGAGUAAAAGUGAAAGUUGCUCAAUAGAAAAUGUUGAAAAUUGUAUUAAUCAGUGGAAAGCGAAAGUGCGGAAAGGAUUAUAUUUCCGAGAGGUUACAACAGAGAUUAGGUUCCCGGUCGCGCAUUGUUCGAAUCUCGGAGCCCAUCAAGUCGGAAUGGGCCCGCAAACUGCAGCUGGAUCUGAAAGCCCUGCUAAGCGAUGGGCCCUAUAAGGAGAAGUAUCGCCGCGACAUGAUCGUGUGGAGCGAUGAAGUGAGGGCCCAGGAUUACGGCUACUUCUGCCGCGCGGCGAUGGAGCAGGCUCUUUCCCGGCAGCAAACGCCCUACAUUCUGGUCAGCGAUGUGCGGCGCAAGAACGACAUCAAGUGGUUCCGGGAAACAUACGGCCCAGAUAGGGUCAUCACCCUGCGACUCACCUCCCGCCCGGAAACGCGAUGUACGCGUGGCUGGACCUUCACCAAGGGCAUCGACGAUGUUCCAUCUGAGUGCGAUCUAGACGAUCUGGCCGGUGGCUUCGACUUUGUGCUGGCCAACGACCAGGAACUCAACCAGGAGGACAUUGACCAACUGCUGGACAAGCUACAGCUACAGUAUCACUAGAGCUUUAACUUAUUACUCGAAAGGCUUUUUGCACUAAUGUAUUUUUGAUAAAACUUGUAUUGCGAAGACUUGGAAACCUCACAAAAUGCGGAGAAUAUGCAAUAUUACUGAAAAGUUAAGUUUGUACUUAAAGGUUCGGCUAGAGAAUACUCUUAGAACUAAAUGAAACCGGUAUUUAAAUGUUAAGUGUAAAUCUUAUAUUUUUUACGGGUAUACAAAUACACACUAAACUUUCAAGCAAACUAAUAAAAUAUUUUAUUAAAAACGUA